CUCAGUUUCUCUCUUUCUCACUAAAAUUGAACAUUUGGCGUUUGAUAUUUUUUACUUUUUUAACUAGUUUUUCAGACAAUAAAAAAAUAAACAAGCAAAAAUGGCUCGUAAUGAAGAAAAGGCACAAUCUAUGCUUUACAGAUUCCGUGAAGCACAAGCAGCACAGUUAGGAUUAGCCAAAACAAGACAACGCAGACCAGGAUUUGCAGGUUCAGUUAGCUCGAUAACAGAAGCUGAAAUGUGGAGAAGGGAUCUUUUGAGCGAAAUAUCUCGAAAAAUAGCUAAAAUUCAAGAUGUCAGUUUAUCUGAUUAUCAAGUGCGCGAUUUGAACGAUGAAAUCAAUAAACUGAUGGGUCAAAAAUAUCAUUGGGAAAAGAGAAUUGUCGAACUGGGUGGCCCAGACUAUACAAGAUCAGGUCCAAGGAUGUUUAGUUAUGAAGGUAGAGAAGCACCAGGCAUUAGAGGAUACAGAUACUUUGGUCGUGCAAGAGAUUUACCAGGAGUGAGAGAACUCUUUGAACAAGAGGUCGCAGAGCCUGUUAAUAGAUCAAUAACAGAGAUCAACCGUGACAUAGACGCCAACUAUUACGGAUAUCAUGAUGAAGAGAACCAAGCGCUACUAGAAUAUGAAAAGGCUCUUGAGAAAGAACUUGUACAGAAACUGCUAUCUACUCCACUUGAAUCGUUGGAAAAGGAAUAAAACUAAACACUGUGCGUACUUGCCAAUGUGUGUAAAUUGUCCAAUUGAGCUCAGUCCAAUAAGGUCACUCAAUAAGACACGCAGAAUCCUUCUGGGACCGAGGUUUAAAUGAAAACAGUUGCCUAUAACAAACAUAUAGAUUAUUUUUAAAUAUCAACAAUUUCGUUUUUGCAGAAGUUAUAAAGAAAAAGUCAUUAGACAAGCCGCUGCACAGGUUUACGGUAUUAACUUACUAAGAAAAUGAUUUAUAAUAUGCGCUUGAUAUUAGAAGCUUAUCCUCCGUCCUGAGCAAGUUACUUCCUAGAGUGCCCCCUAAGGUUAGCAGCUGUAAUACUAUAUUUUACAGGUAUCAAUUGAGUCUUGUUACUAUCUAAGGGCAUUGUUGCUUAGCGAGCG